UACAACGAGAAGAAAACUGCUUGAGUUGAGUUGCUUCACUUCAGACUCCUUUAAAUAAAAUAUAAAAGUCUCAGACCACGACUCUCUGACUCGAGUAAUCUGAAAUAGAUCUAGUUAUAAUAUGGUACACAAUAGAAAUGGUGGACUACAGAGUUGAUAACCAGUUUGCAGUGCUAGAAAUUAAUAAUCCUCCAGUCAAUGCUUUAAGUUCUGAUGUAACCAUUGGCUUGUAUGAUGGAAUAUUAAAAGCAUUGCAAGAUGAUUCUGUACAAGCUGUUAUAAUCAUUGGUAAAGGGAAAGUAUUCUGUGCAGGAGCUGAUAUCACAGCGUUCUCCAAACCUAUUAAAGGGCUUGGGAUAACAGACGUUGGCCAUGCAAUAGAAUCAAGUAGCAAGCCUGUGAUCAGUGCUGUAUAUGGAGUAGCCUUAGGGGGAGGACUUGAAAUAGCACUCUUUUGUCAUUACAGAAUCUCGGAUAAGAAAGCAAAAUUUGGUUUCCCCGAGGUUCAACUUGGUCUUUUGCCUGGUGCUGAAGGAACUAUUCGUCUCCCAAGACUGACUGGAUUGCCAGUUGCUAUGGAGAUCAUUACUUCUGGCAGACAACUAGGUGCACAAGAAGCUGUGAAGUAUGGAAUAGUUGAUAAGAUUGUUGAGAAUGAUCUUCUUCAAGAGGCAAAAACUUUUGCAACAAGCAUUAUUGGAAAGCCGCUUGACUCACUAAGGCUGCGGACAAAAAAAGUGAAAAAUGCUGAUCUUGUGGACAAAUACUAUGAUGAUGCAUUGAAAGAAGUAAAAAGAAAGUAUAAAGGAUUGAUUGCUCCUGUGAGUUGUUUGAAGACAAUAAGAGGCUCAGCCAAGCUUCCAUACGAUGCAGCAGCCCAGUUGGAGAGAAGUUUAUUUACUGAACUGAUUACUAGCUCACAGUCAGCUGCUUUAAGAUAUUCUUUCUUUGCUGAACGCUCAGCGGCUAAGUGGAGACUUCCCAAUGGUGCCAGCUCAGCUAACACAAAGCCAGGAACUGUAGGAUCUGCUGCAGUCAUAGGUGCAGGAACGAUGGGCUCUGGUAUAGCCGUUUGUCUUCUCAGAGCAGGGAUCCCAGUUACACUUGUGGAGCAAAAUGAAAAGCUGUUGAAAGCAGCUCAGACUAAUAUUGACCAGAUUUUUAGAGGAAGUGUUCAGCUUGGCAAAAUGACCUUAGAAAAACGUCAAGAGUGUUUGCGUAUGUUACAAGGGACAGCACAGCUAGAGAAAGUGAAAGAUGUUGACAUUGUAAUUGAAGCAAUUUUCGAGAACCUCAAAUUAAAGCAAGAAGUUUUUGCCAAGUUGGAUAAAAUAUGCAAACCAACUGCAUUUCUUUGUUCCAAUACUUCAACAUUGGACAUUGACAAGAUUGCUUCAGCAACCUCAAGGCCAGACAAAGUUGCAGGCACUCACUUUUUCGCUCCAGCGCAUAUAAUGAGAUUGGUGGAAAAUGUUUAUGGUUCAAAGACAUCUCCAGAAACAGUUGCCACAGUUAUGGAACUAGGCAGGAAAAUAGGAAAGGUUUCUGUACUUUCAAAAACUUGUGAUGGAUUUAUUGCUAACAGAAUGAACAAAAUUGGUGUCGAGGCGGUGUAUUUAGUAGAAGAGGGAGCCUCACCUUAUGAUAUUGAUCAGAUCAUGGAAGACUUUGGAAUGAGCAUGGGCGUGUUUAAAGUCUUAGAUUUGUCAGGUUUAGAUGUAGGUUGGCGUAUCCGACAAGAACAAGCGAAAGCACUGGGAGUAAACCUUACCGCUGAAACGAAAUAUCUGAAUGCGGAACGGUACUGUUCCUUACCUGACAAACUUUAUGAACUAGGUCGAAAUGGAAUCAAAACAGGCCGAGGCUGGUACAGAUAUGAUCCAGCCAAUCCGAGGAAACCCAUUCCAGACUUGGAUGUCCUUGACAUUAUCCAAACUCACUGCCAGAAUCUGGGAAUUAAAAGAAGGGAGAUUACUGCACAGGAGGUUAUUGAAAGGUGUCUAUAUGCCACAAUCAAUGAAGGAUUCAAGAUUCUAGAAGAGAAUGUUGCAGAAAAACCAAGCGAUAUUGACGUCAUUUGGCAAUAUGGCUUUGCAUUCCCACGUUACAGAGGUGGCCCAAUGUUCUACGCUAGUCAAGUGGGUCUGAGGAAAGUCUUUGAACGAAUCUGCUAUUAUCAUGCAACUUUUCCCUAUUCAAAACACUGGCUACCUAGUGACCUGCUGAGAAAACUUGCAAGUAGUACUGAUGAGAUACCAAUCAACCAAUGGAUGAACAAUUGGUCAAGCAAACUUUAAGAUUCCACAUCGUCUGUGCACUGAUUUAAGUCGCAAUUAUUAAUUAAGCAGAAAUUUAUUUUUGAGCUACCAUUGCAAAUGAAAGACAAAUAAGUAAUGUUCAGAAGACUAUCGCAAAACUCUAUUUGAAGUUUUUAAAACUUUUAAUUUUAUUUAUUUUGUUUAAUUUUUUCAAUGGCCCGGUAUUACAUUUGAAUGUAAAAUUGUCUACAGUGUCGUCUGUAAAUAACAGCUGUUAUUUCAAGUAAAUAAAUAUAUUUACUAGUGCUGGUGUAUAAAAUUAGACAGAGUACUUUUGUAUUACUACCAAACUAAGACUUUCUAUUCUCAACUGAAUUCCAAGUGAGUCCAAAAUUCGUUCUCUAUGUAAAGGUUGCUAAGGGAAUCAGACCCAAGGUACAUUUUACAGAAAUUCAGAUUUUAUUGAAUGUGUAUAUGUGUGGGGCCCUGUAGCUGAGUGGUUUAGCAUUUGGCUUCCAAUCCUGGGAUUCUGGACUCAAACUUGGUGAAGACUGGGAUUUUUAGGAUGUCCCUGAGUUCACCCAACUCUAAUGGGUACCUGACUUUAGUUGGGUAAAAAGUAAAGGCCAAAGAAACAGAUGAUCUUAACAUCGUCUGCCAUAUAGAUCGCAAGAUUUGAAUAGGGAACUUAAACUUUUAUAUAUAUGUAUUUGAGGAAAUUGGUCAAAAACUUGAAAAUGAUCGUAACAUUUACACCAUAUAUGUCCUUACUGAAUUCUGUGGUAUUUGAUCAUGGUAAUAAAAUGUAAACUCGGAAAUAGGUUCCAUGAAUGAAUAAUGUUUAAAUGCGUUUUAUUGUUUUUGUAAUUGUAUAUAAAAUUUGGCUAUAAAAAAAUAUGCAGGCAAUGUUAAAGCAGAGAUCCAUUAUAAAAUAUUGUUGUUUUUUUUUCUUUAUUUUUCAAAUACAAGUAUUUCAUUUGUCAUACAAGUAAGUGUAUAAUAGAUUUCGAUGUGUUCAAUAAACACAUCUCAGCUCAUGUCAGGAUUUGAACUUGAUAGAAAGCAAAGUGGUUUAUGCUACUCGGCCGCACAUCCACCAUUAUGUAUGUCCUUAAUGCACCCUGUAAAAUUUGAUAAUUGUAAUUAAAUUUAUCGAAACUUAGAAUUUGGUUAUUAAUAUUAGUAUAGUUUUGCACCUAUAAAUCCUUUUUUACAAAGCUUAUAUCAACUCACUCUGUCUGGUACAAUUUUUUUACACACUAUUCCAUUCUCUGAUUAAUUUGGAGCUUUGCACAAUCAUUUGUUUUAUCUAACAAAACACAAAUCAACCAGAACAUUAAGUAGUUAAUUAUUUGUUAUUAAUCAUUAUUUUUUUUUUGUAUGAAACAAAGGAAAUAAAUGCUACAUUGUGAGAUUUGGCUUUAUAUGUGGAGUUAUUCCCCUUAUUACAUUUUAUGCAAGCUUUUUCUCCCACUUCCCACUCAGACCAAAUUGAAAUUUCACACAAUUAAAGUCGAUGACAAUACAUGAAUCAAUAAAAAAAUUAACCAAUCAGUUAAUCAACUAGUGGUUAUUUAUUGAUUUUGUUUCAUAUAAAAAAGGAGCUUAUUCAUGCAAUAUUAAGAUAUAAGAUAUAUGCUAGUAAUAUUGCGGCUCUUCCCCUUUAGAUAAGCUCUGUUUUUUUUUAAUACUGUUGUUAUAUUUUGUUUGUUAUUGUUAUUGGAUUAAGAACUAUGGUUAAAAAUAAACAGGCAAGCAAAGAUAGUCUAUACAAUAA